AUGAAAAAAGUUACUUUGGCUCCAGAUGGGUUUACUCGUCAAUUAACAACCGUUAAUGGACAAUAUCCUGGACCAACCAUAGAAGUUAACAAAGGCGAUCGUAUUUUGUUGAAAAUUAAUAAUAAAUUGGGAGAACCAACAGCUAUUCAUGCACAUGGGAUGCUUCAAAGAGGGACUCCUUGGUUCGAUGGAGUACCAUGGAUGGCUCAAUGCGUUAUACCAGACAAUUACGAAUUUACCUACAAUUUUACUGUUCCUGUCGAAGUUGGCACUCAUUGGUAUCAUGCGCAUGAAACGAUGCAAUAUGUUGAUGGAGCUUUUGGCGCGUUAAUUGUUCACGAUCCUGAUGAUCCGUAUAAAGCGGAAUAUGAUGAGGAAAUUAUUGUCAUGUUGAAUGAUUAUCAUCAUACCAAUGCACAAGUUUUAUUAAAACAAUUCUUAACUCCUGAAAGUAAAGGAGAAGUGGUAAGAAAGAUUGAUACAAGUACAAAGGCCCCACUGGGUUCGAAAUGUGUGGACAAUGCCGGUCUUGCCAAAUUUGAAUUUGUUCAAAAUAAAAAAUAUCGCCUUCGUAUCAUUAAUGCUAGCGCAUUUUCGUCAUUCUUGUUUUCUAUUGAUCAACAUGAAAUGGAAGUUAUAGAAGCAGACGGUGAAUAUACUAAGCGAACAAAAAUCCAUCAUCUUCCCAUCAAUGUCGCCCAAAGAUAUUCUGUUAUUGUUACCGCAAACCAACCGGUCGAUAAUUAUAUAAUGCGUUCUGAAUUUCGAAAGAACUGCAUGCCAGAAGCUGCAGCUAGUCUUCCUACUAUUAAAGCUAUAGUACAUUAUGAAGGAGCCCCCGAUGGUCCUGAACCAAAAGACAAUCCAUGGCCUAAUCCUUUGUCAAGAUGCGUUGACAUCACUUUACAACCACUUAAAGAAGAAAAGAUUCCCGAAGCAACGAAAAAAUUGGAAUUUACGAUUGAUUUUCAUAAGAAUGCAACAGGCGUCGUUAAAGCUUUUCUUAAUGAAUCGACUUAUAUACCCGAUAUAAAUUUCCCGAGUUUAGACAAAGUCUUUAAAAAAAAACCAAUUAACGAAACUAGUGCAAAUGCCUAUGUUUUUACUGAAAAUGGAGAAGUAGUUGAUAUUUAUUUCGUCAAUACUGGCGAGGGCGAACAUCCGUUUCACAUUCAUGGAUACCAAUUUUGGGUACUUGGAACCGGACGCGGAUAUAAAUGGCAUUUGGAAUCUGGUCUUUUGAUGCAGUUGAUCACACUUCCAGAUGAAAUCUUAAAAAUGCAACCUCCGAAAGAAUGGACCAAAUUGUGUGAAUUAGGUGAACGUUAG